AUGUCGAUGACUACAAAGGCAACGCGCGUGCCAAAUACGGUGGUAAUGCGGGGAAGAAAUAUUACCACCGAUGGUUCAAUUGCGCGACACAUUGCUGCCUCCGUGCCUCAUCGCUGGAUGCACACCACGCGCCCUCGUCACGAAGAGAACGAGAAAAAGCCGCCACCAGAGCCGCCCAAGCCGCCCGCACCUCCAAACUUCGACAACUACCCUCCCUUAUUUCGGCGUCUGGCAGCAUCUUUGCCUCACGUACCCCGACCACAGCUGCAGGACUAUUUGAAUGCUUCAUCCAGUUUCUUGACGCGGAUGCGCAUUCGCAUACGUUGGAUGUUCAUCCGCGCGUUUCGCCGGUUCAACGCUGACGACAUUUCGGCAUUUGUUACUUGGUUCCUGAUGAGUUGGGGAGCCUGGGUCUUGAUCGGAACAACGACAUUUGCCUCAGUGGUCUUCGCUCUGGCACGAAGUCUUAGUUUGCAGGAGUAUGUUGCGCGCGCUUUGAGCGACUACAUGACGGAACAAACAGGCGUCACUAUCAUCUUCGAGUCCGCCAUCGUGCCCAAGUGGAAAGACCAGCGCAUCUCCUUCAAGAACGUGUUCGUCUCCCGUCGGUCGAAUCCCAGCGUGGCCCAAGUCAAGCAUCAGAUCCACCACGCUAUGAAUUACGACGUGCAUAAUCAUCCGGCGAAUCAUCUUCUCGAGGAGGACGAAGAGGGUGAAGAUCCACUUAGCGACAGUGAUGCUGAGCAGAAUAACUGGAUGACUAUCGACCUGAAUAUCGACAGCGUCGACGUCACGCUUAGCCUCUGGCGUUGGCUCGACGGCAAAGGCUUGAUUGACUCCGCCGUCGUCAAAGGCGUCCGUGGUAUUCUAGAUCGCAGACACAUUGUCUGGGACCCAUCGCUCGUCCCCGAAGACUUCCGCCGUCCAGGCCACACCGGCUCUCUGAACCUCGAAUCUCUACAACUUGAAGACGUACUCUUCACCGUCUACCAGCCCGGCGGCUUCCGGCCCUACACCGUAUCCAUCUUUCGCGCCGACAUCGGUACCCUUCGUCAACGGUGGCUCUUCCAUGACAUGCUCCGCGCGGAGACCAUCGUCGGCCAGUUCGACAAUUGUCUCUUCAGCCUGCAUCGCCCGCAGAGCAUUGGACGCACGAAUGAGCGCGAUCACCGCGAUAGCGCGCAGACCUGGGUCUCCCGCCUGCGGAUUGAUGGUGUGAACAUCGACCAUGUCCAGGCGAUGACCGGCGAUGAGGGUCCCAUCUCUUGGAUCACCUCGGGCAAACUCGACGCCGUACUUGACCUUCGCUUUCCCCGAGACCCCGAGGCGGACUUGGAGGGCCUAGACACGAUCUUGCUUGAUGCGCUCGAGGCGGUCACGGAGCGUAUACCAGGUCAGCGUGCGCUCGCGCGACCUCCGCUCUUCGCGCCGUCGGAUGAGGCGGACGAGUAUGAGGAGGUCAGGCAAGAAGAAGAGGCGCGUGCAGAAGGCCGAGAGACACCGCCGAAGGACCCGAAGGUCGUCAUCGAUAUCGAUUUGCGGUUUCGGGACAUCAAGGCUGCAAUGCCGUUGUGGUCGAACGACCUUGGAUACAGCGGCAAUGCGCUCGUGCGACCCAUCGUUGCAUUCAUGAACGCGAACCGUACUCUCAUUCCGAUCCACUGCCGCGUAUCAAAACCUCUCAGCCACUUUGAUGGGGCAUGGAGCAUGUGGGAGACCGGUCUGAUGACAGACGUCUCGAACAAGGUGUACGAUGCUCUCGCCUACCAUGUCACAUCGGCGAACUUCAAUCAUCGGCUGCGCACGGUCGGCGUGUGGAGUCUGCAGAAGACGGCUGGCGCUGUCCUCUCUGCGCUCAGGCAGGUCGUGGACCCUGUAGCUGUUCAGUUGCGGGAGGUGUAUGGCAAUGUCGAGGAGAUGCCUCUGGGGGUGGCCACUCCUGUCGGUGAACAUCUGUAG